AUGUCAGCCGAGGAAUCAACAUCAGCAGCACCAGCUGUAGACGCGUCUGCCCCAGCUGAAACAGUCGAGAAACCAUCUUCAUCCUCUGCCCCAGCACAAGCUACAGCGGCAGCAACAGAAGAAAAACCAAAAUCAUCUUCACCACUUAAGAAACCACCAUCAUCGAAACCACGAGGUAGACCUUCGACAGGUGGUGGAGCGUCAAAUAAGAAAUCAACAGCCUCAGCGAAUAAUAAUGACGAGAAGAGAAAUUUCGAAGUUGGGGAGAUCGUCUUGGCUAGAUUGAGGGGUUAUCCACCUUGGCCUGCUAGAAUCGCCAACCCAGAUACACUCCCUCGUAAUGUUUUGAAGCAAAGACCAGGAAAGAACCCUUUGAUUUUCUGUUGUCAAUUCUUCCCAGCUGGUGACUUCUCAUGGCUCCAAUCGAAAGAGAUCAAACCCCUCAGCCAAUCUGACAUCUCCGCUUACCUCGGUGAAUCUCACCGAAAGUCUGCUGGAGGAUUGAGAGAAGCGUACAUAACCGCUCAAGAUCCCACCGAAUGGGACGCUCAACAAGCGGAUCUCCAACAGGCCAAGGAAGAUGCUGAGAAUGAAAAUGAGGUGGAUGAAAUUGAAGAUGAGGAAGAGGAAGAGGCUACCACCGGUGGAAAGAGGAAGAGAGCUGCUCCGGAGAAAAAGAAAGACGGUAAAAAGGCUAAAACUACUAAAUCCAAGGAUGCUGUGAAAGAAGAGGAUAUUUCGGAUAUUAGGGAGAUUACCGUACAGUGCGAUGAGAGAGAGGAGAUGGACAAUUCCUGGAACUUUAGACCCAAAGAACAUUCGGGGUACGACGAUUCCAAAUCCAAAUCCAAACCAGCCGCUAAACCUAAAUCUACCGCUACUAAAGGAUCGAAACCACCAGCAUCCAAGCCUGAGAACCAGGAGCCUGUGGAUGACGAUCCCCUUGCUUCCAACCCUGAGUGCGUCAAGGUCAAGGAUUGGAGGCAUAAACUUCAAAGAGCCUUCCUGAGCAAGUCAUUGCCAUCUGCUGAGGAAAUGCCAAGCUACGAUGACUUAUUCAAGACUAUCGAGUCGUACGAUUCAAUGACGAUAGAUGCUUUACAGUAUUCCAAGAUCGGUAAAGUGAUGAAGAAGAUCAUGACUUUAAACGAGAUCCCUCGCAAUCAAGAAUUCAAAAUCACCGAUCGAGCUUCCAAACUCAUGCACCAAUGGACGGAUUUCAUCGCUUCGAGCGAGAACAAGCCUAAUGGAGCUGCGAACGGUGAAGCUCCAGCUUCCACAGCGGUAAAUGGAGAGAAGAAGGAAGAAGUAACUGAAAAGAAGGAUAGUGAGAAGAUGGAAGUUGAUGCUUAA